UCUGUAUUUGACUACAUGUCUUAUGAUAUUAAACUGUAUUUCAGUGGAGCAGAAACAAUGCCAUGUCAACAGUAUGAAUUUCCCAAUGGUUACCAUAGAGAUUUUGGUGAGGAAAGAAUCCGAAUACCUGAAAUGUUGUUUGACCCUUCUUUCAUCAAGGAUGUACCUAGUAACACAAUGUUGAGUAUGGGCCAUGUGAUCACAACCAGUGUUGGUAUGUGUGACAUUGAUAUUAGACCAAGUUUAUACAGCAGUGUGAUUACAGUUGGAGGGAAUUCUCUCUUGAAUGGUUUUACAGACAGACUCAACAGGGACCUCAGUAAUAAAACACCCUCAACAAUGAGACUGAAGUUGAUUGCUGCAACGGGCUCAUCAGAGCGACGAUUCAGCAGCUGGAUUGGUGGAUCUAUUCUCGCUUCAUUGGGCUCGUUCCAGCAGAUGUGGAUUUCAAAACAGGAGUAUGACGAAGGUGGGAAGAGCUGUAUUGAGAAGAAGUGUCCAUGAAAUGUGAAAUAAAUUCUGAAUUAGAACUAACCAGAUGUGUUCAUUGAACUCGAGUUACGUCAGGAGUACAAAUAAACAGCAGCUUGAUGGAACAAAUAAAUAAACACUCUGAUUGUGUUAAUUUGCUAAAAUGUUGAUCCCACUAGUUGUACUGCAAUGGUGCUUUGUGUUUGGAUUACCGUUAUGUGACAUAUACAGUCUUCAGUUAAAGUGUUUGGACUAUAGAUGUAAAUUGUGCAGCCUUUAUAUGAAUUUUAGCAAGAACUUUGUCAAUAAGAAACAACUGUAUAUUAUUCUACAUGCAGUAUUUAACAUUCCUAAUGAAGACAGAUGUUUUGAAUCAAAUGAUAUUACAUGAUGAUUAAAGUGUUACUGAGGAUAUAAACAAGUGUUCAGGGAUAAAGUUUGAUUAAAACUGCAAAGAACAUGUUAUUGAUACCAUAUGAACUUUGUAUCUUGUAGCAAAAAUUGCCGUGUUUAUGAAUUUUGUGGAAAAAUAAAUAUUUCUUAAUGAA